AUCGUUGCUAGGAUACGGGUCUUAGUAACAGGCACGCGAAUGCGAAGUGUCUUUUAGUUCGGCAGUUAGCUUCUUCACCUUAACUUAGAAUAUAGGCUCGAAUUCACUUAAUUAGAUUAGCUACAUAUGUUAAAACUGCCACAUCAGUUCUUGUCGGUUGUUUUUAACCUGUAUUUAAAUGUGUUUUUCGGAACACGAGACAGGUUUAAUCAGCUCAUGACAUGCCGUUAGCUAGUGUCAGUGUCUCACACUAACUAUGGACCUCCAGAUACGACAAUAUCUAAAACUAUCACAGGAUAAAGACGAUCCUGUAGCUCUGAGAGACGCUUAUGCUACCAUUAAAGACGCUGUCUCAGAUACUCGGUGUUUCCUCCCAGAGCUGUAUGUGCUGUGUGCAGAACAGGCUCUCAGGCUGGGAUGUAAAGAGAUCACAGAGGAUUGCCUAAUGAUGUACUUAGAGAGCAAACCCCCACCUGAUCAGUUUCUAUGCCGUGCAUACUUCUGCCAGGCUCAGCUGAACUCACCAUGCACUAUUGCCUCUGUGGAGGACAUGCAUAGAGCAGUGACAUACUAUUUGAAGGCUAUAGAAAUAUCCAAAGACAAGCCAAGAUACCAUUUUCUAGUCUUCAAUGCUUCUGUUCUGUACCAUCAGACAGUGCAAGCUUUCCUGAGGCCUGGUUGGCGGCGGUACUUGGUCUCCUCUCUCACACAGGUGCUCAAUGCUCUAGAGGAGGUAGCCGAACCUGACUAUGCCUGGCGGGCUGAACUGAUGAUACUCCUUGUGGAGUGCCUGAUGGAUGCUGGUAAAAAGAACGAUGCUGCUGAUUUUUCCAAGGUCACCUCUGAUUUUAUAGAGCAGCACACACCCAAGCUGUAUCCCCGAAUUUUCUCCAUACAGGUUCACCACGAUCUUAUAGAUGUCACCGACAUUUUAGCGAAAGCAAGUCCAAAAUUACUUGCCAUCUAUAAACUGCAGAAGCUUAAAAACACACCUGUCAAUGGAGACAGAAAAGUAUCUGAUGAACUGAGGGAGAUUUUUCUCCUGCUGACUCAUUCGGUCCAAACCCAAUCAUCUACUACUAACAGUGUUAGUCCUGACACAGAUGACAGUCCUCACAUCCCAGUGUCUAGCAGGAUUGAGCUCCUUUUGGAUUUGGCCUUCCUCUCUCUACAGUUGAAAACAUGGUUCAUGGCCGAGGAAUGUGUGAAGGAGCUAAAGACCAUUGAUGACAUUGCUGUUUGGCAGCAUAUCAUGGUUGAGUGCAUUGAGUGUAAACUGGCCCUAAUUAAACAGAAUGACAACACUGAGGACUACACCAAAAACAGUGUGGAGGCCCAGUUAAGCGUAGUAAGACGUUUGGAAGCAUUGCUCAUCAGGGCAGUGAGAGAGGGACAUGCUGAGGUGACGCAGAGUGUGUGUGCCGCUCUGUGGAACAGCUGCUUACCUCUGCUCCAGCAGAAUCUCAGGAAGAACCUUAAAAGCCCUCUACUCACACUCUCACAAGCCCUAAAAAGCAUGAAUAGCAUGUUGCUGGACUUACGGUGUCAGAUUCAUGCUGAACUGGCGGCUAUAGAGGAGGAAGCAGAGAGGUUGGAGCCUGCAGCACAGCACCUCCAAACAGCCCUGGGCCUGGAUGAGAGCGGCCAGUUCCAGCAGCGCCUGUCCUUCUCUCUUUACCUCAUUCAACAGCGCAGCAAUCUUUACACCACUCCCACAUGCCCAAAGGACCAGGCAGCCAUGCUCCUUCAACAGACAAAAGAGCGGCUGGGUAUUGAUUCAGCAAAGAAGUGGCACCACACACUGGUUAGUGCUGGUAUUGCUUUGGCACCUGAAACCUUCCAGACAGUCCUGGAUGCUGAAGGCACAGCUAAAGAUAGCAGACUAAAGGACAACGUGGAAGAACUUGCUGCUAAGGCUAAGCACUACAGGACCUGUGUACAAAAAGUAGAAUGUCACCUUGCCAGGCUGGAGAGUGACACAGAUGACAGAGAGAGGAUGAGACUGUGGGUGUCCCUGGUCAAGGCUGCAAGGAAAGAGGAGUUGUGGGAUGUGUGCAGAGCAGCUUGCCGCUUCUGUCUGCUUUAUGAUGAUGAGAGAUGGACAAUCAAGUGUGAACAAAUGGACAGGGAAGAGAGUGGAGAGCGAGAGCUGCUGCGUCUGCUGGCUGAGGUCCACUUCAUCAAUGCUGAGGCAACUAUUCAUAAACUCCGCUCUGAGGGAGUAGAACUCAAUGAGUCUCCUGUCCCACCUGUUAAGAGAAGAGCACCCACACUUAAUACCAACACUACGAAUGACCCUCAGUGGACUCUUUACAGUGACUGGAUUCAGGAGAUGUCAGUCUAUGCAACAGCUAAUUUUUUGCGUGGUGCAGAACUCGGGGCAGAGUUGCAGGAGCCGUGGCUGGUCGUUAAUGCAGCCGUUUAUCUGUGGAACUAUAAUAAUCAUAUUCUUGUCGUAAAGGGGCAGAACAAGCUUGUACAAACAUUCAGCCAGUUGGUGGAGCUUCUCAGAGAGACAGGCCAUGAGGGGGAAGUGGUGCUGCUUGUACUGUUGUGUGAUGCUGUAGCACAGGGUGUUAUCCAAACUCCGUGUAGAACAUCUAGACAUACUAGUCAGGAGGAAAGGCAGUCUUCUGCUGCCAAGACUAAGAAAACUGGAAAGAAAGGAAUGGAGAAAUCAGUCUCCACCCAGGACGUUCCACUGGAGGACAUCAAGAAGGCUUUGCAGAUGUGUGAAUAUGCCCUGUGUCUGUCCAAUGGGAACAAUGAGACGGUGCCCAUUGUUAUUCGAAAGCAGAUUAUUGGUACGUGGGUAAAUACCAAAUGCCUGUUGCAACAGCAGAUUGGACAGAACCUCGACAUUGAUGAUGAGUGUAAAAAUGAGGCAGUGCAGGCCAUGUCACGUGUACUGGUUGGAGUGGAGAUGCUGCGGUGUAAUAGUAACCAUCCACUGAUGGAAUUCUCUGUGCCCAGCCUUACUACACUUGUGCAACUAGCAUCUGGCUGUGAAUGGUCUGAUCCUGUGGUGGAACUAUAUGCAUGGUCUCAACUUGCUCACUUUGCUCAUCGGAGUGGUGAUCAUGACCUUGUUAUGGUUUGCACCCAGGAUGCACUUCAGCUGGAUCAGACUGCCAUCCAUGAGGCAAAAAUCUCAGAGUGUAACCUGUACAGUGUGAAAGCAGUGCAGGAGAUGCUGAGUAGUGCUGCAUGUUUGAGAGGUUUGAGUAUGCUUCAUAGUUCCUGUGGCCAUUCUGCCAAAUACACAGAGGCUCUUGCCAUGCUCCAGACAAGCAUCAGCUAUGCUGAGCAGGCAGGUAGCUGGCCUCUCUGUGGGACAGUAGCAAGGCAUUACUGGAACUCCUGCCUUCCUCUCUUGGACACACCUGAGCAGAGACAGCAACUCCAAAAACCACUGGAGCUUAUUGUGAAGGCACUAUACUGCACCUAUCCUCAAGCAGCCAGCGUAAGAGAAAGAGGAGCAAAAACUCAGAUGGAAAGACAAACAGUAGCUGCAACCUCAGCACUGGAAUCUAAUAGUACAUUUGAAGAUGACCUGGCUGUGAGAGCAGCCAUGUACAAUGUGAUGUUCCAGAUCCAUGUAGACACUGGUAAUUUGAAGAGUGGCCUGCAGGUCUUGGAUCAGGCGAUUAGGGAGAUGCCCCGCAGCCCUCACAGACUUACACUCUAUAAGCAGAGGGUGCUGGUGAAGGCUCUGUUAGGGGAGAGCAUCGAGCUGGAUAUGCACAAGUUUACAGAGUAUGGAGAAGUGGCCUGUGCUACGAUGUGGCAUCAUGUUACUCUGUCUACCAGAGACACACAACAAAAAAUGCACUGUUAUCAGAAUGCAAUCAAUACAUUACAGAGUUCUGAUAGUCUGUGGCAGAAGGUGAAUUUACUGCUGGAAUUUGCAGAGUGGUUGUACUCCAAUAAUUUCCCUGUGACUGAUGCACAGCUACAGACCCAGUUGGCCAUAGACAUUCUGCUCUCCUCUGGUUUGGACACCAGUCAGAGUACCAGUAACCAUGGGCACCCUGGUCAGUCAGGCGCGGAUGUUCCAGUCAGUCGUCCGUCUCAUCUGAGUGCACAGGCUCCAGCAUCUGUGAUGUCUCAAAAUGAGCUGAAUGAUGUGCGCACGCUAGAUACUCUAGUGCAAGCACACACAUUACUGGCUCUCAUGGAGUCCAGAGUAUCUACCAAGCACCAGCAGUACCUGAUUCAAGCCUAUGACUAUGUUGUGAAGAUCUGGCAGCUGUCCAUGGAAAUAACUCCGAAAGUCAAGAAAGAAGUUUUAAAGAAUACUGAUGUAUUAGCAGAUAGCCAAAAAAAAGACAAGGAGAAAGAGAAAAGCUUAAAGUCCAAAGAGAAGAAGUCCAAGGUCCCAGGUUUGGACACUUUUCAUUUAAGCCCAGAGAAAUGGGCCCAAUUUGAGUGCCCUGAAGAGUUUCGCCAGGCUUUCAAACAAGAGCGUGGCCCAUGCUCCAUCAACAGCUACAGCAUCAGCAAGCAGAGCCGAACUCUGUUCUAUCUAGAUGUCCUUGUAAAAGAGUUAGAAUCUAUCUCUCUGAAUCCCUUGACCCUACCUCCUUUGCACCUGGCUGAGGCCAUUGCUCAUGACCUCUUACUCAGCAAGAGCCAUUCUGACCUUUACCGCCUCAGGAUAGUGAAGACAUGUUGUGAACUGGGGCUUGAGUCUUCGUCACCUUACAAAGAAGCACUACUUAGUUUUGCUCAUAUUCCUGAAGAUGAGCAGAUCUUAUGUCGAAAAACAGUUGCUCAGGAAAAGGAAAGAAAAGGACUUCAUACAUUGGGUCAAGUGCAAGUCAGUAAGAUGCAGGAGGUUAGUUUGACAGCACCUCCUUGCAGUGUGUGGGGAGUAGCUGAAGGCAGUAUGUGCAGGAAGCGGCUGAGUGGAUGCACUGUGCAUCAGCUGUGGCUGGAGAAAGCUGCUGUGUGCAUCACUAUGGGCUUCUACCAGCCUGCUAGAAGUCUGUUAUCUGAGGCUCACCUGGUGGCCAAGGAACUUGGAGACCAAAUCACAUUGGCAAAGAGUUUUUACUUUCUGGCUGUGUUGGCUAGUCAGGAGCAUCAGUAUGGCCAGGCUAUUGCAUUAUUGGAGCGGGCUCAGGAGAUUGGCGGGGAUGAGGAAUUCUGGUACAAGCUCACUGAGAGCCUCUUGAACACCGCAGCACAGCUUGAUGGAAAUGAGAUCUACACACAGGUGUGCCAGAUCACAGACACAGCUAUCAGAGUCUUUCGGUCUGCGGUAGAACAAAACCCGAAUCGAGCCCCAGGCCUCCACUUCUAUAUUGCGUCACUGCAGGCCAUGGGUGCAGUUCUGCGUCGCCAGUCUCUGGGGGUCACUUGUCCCGGUUACAAUGUUAGUGCUAAUACAGUGAAGAAGCUGAAUGCAGUGUGUGACACUCUGAAAGACAGUGCAUCAACAUUACACCUGCAUGGAUACAAGACCCUUGCUGCAGAGACAGCCCUAGAGCAUGCAAAAACUCUGAGAAUCCUGGCCAUGCUCACUUCCAAAAAAGAAGAGAAACAGCAGCACUUGCUUGAUGCCCUCUCACUCACCCAGAAGGCUGUAUCCCUUCAGGAGGAAGUACUUUCCAAUUGUCUCAGGCUUCUCCCAACUCAAGAGGGUGGGUGGUGUAGGCUACCUGCCAUGCGUGUGUCUGUGCAUUUUAGGCUUGCUUUGGCUGACCUUGGUUUGUUGAUGCUGGAGAUGCAGCGUGAGGAGGAGAAGGUCCAUGCAGCAUUUCAGAGCAGAAUGAGUACCACUGAGAGAGCUGUGGAUAACUAUAUGAGGAGCAGCUCAGAUUUUAAUGCUCUAGAGAGGGAAUGGAUAUCCAUGGAGCAGUCUGUGGGUCAACUGACUUUUACCCAGCUGACUGUGGUCCAGUCUCUAAUGAAGAAUAGUGAUGAAACUAGAAUGCAGACGCUUGGUAUGCUGGGAAAGUGCUUGAGGCUGUUAGCUCUGCAGAAAGAUCCACUCUACCCCAUGUGGGACAUGUCAAUCCCUCGGAUGCACCAGGUGGAAAACGGAGCAGAGAGGAAUGAAAAAGAGGAGAGCAGUGGAGCAAUGAAGGGCAGCAUAACAUGGAAAGAAGAUGCAGUUAAACAUGCUAAAAUGCAGAACAACAGGAAGUCAGUGAAGCAGAUGUUGGCACAGGCCAGUGAAACUCUAAAUGAGGCUUUGAACCUUGGGCUGCAGCAAAACCUGCCUGAGCUUCUCUCACAUGUUUGUGAGGAGCUGUUGGAGUCUCACAGCCAGUAUGACCCAGACACCUUAGGCCAGUACCUCGCACUGCUACAGAGCUGUGUGUGCUGUACUGAGAUGUCCAGAGUGUUACGUACUGCCUGUUGGGAUAGCAGUCGUUCCCAGGUGGCUGCUCUUCUGGGUCUACAGAAAAGCUUAAAGUACUCACUACCCAGCUACAGCAGCCUGCAUUCAGCCAUUGACCAGUCACUCCCUACACUGUCACAGGCCUACCAGCACCUGAUUGUAAACCCUAACCACUUGAACUUCCUGGGAGAACUGCCGCCUAAUCUCAAAAUCCUGCUGUUGCAACAUUCUAAAGACGGUUCAGUGCUCUAUGGGGCUUUUUAUGAAAAGGCAAAAUCCACUGAAAGUCAUAAAUCUAAAGGUAUGCAGACAGCAGGUGGGCUGGUGUGCUCCAGAGUGGCCAAAGCCCGUGUGCAGCGCUCUGUUCUGCUUCAACUCAGAGAUCAAGCCCAAGCCUUCCAACAACUCGCUGCACAAUCUGUGAUCAAAGAGUCCUGCUGGCUCAGAAAUGCUGGCCAGAAAGAGGAUUAUACAUGGCUGAAAGACAACACAGACCAUGAGCUAAGCGAGCAUUUUCAAACUGUAGUUAAAGGAAUGGAGAAUUAUCUGCAUCCUCUCCUUUCUCGGUUUGACUUCUCAUGCUUCAGACAUUUCCCUCGAUCGAUAGUCAUUGAUGAGACAACUCGGACCAAAGAUAAACAAGAGCAAGAGGCUACAGAUAAAACUUUACCUGAGCAUGGCGAGUAUGUAGUGGUGUUAGCAGACACUAUGUUGCUGGAGUUGCCAUUAGAAGCUCUCACUGUUCUGCAGGGAAGUGGAAUCAGCUCCAUCUCACGGGAUAUCUCCUUGCAGGUCUUUCACACACGUCUCCUCAGAGACAAGCAAGUUGAAAGUGACAACAAAAAGGAGAGAAAAAGUGCAAAGGGUGCAAAAGGAAAAGGAGAUCAAAGCAAAGCCAUCAAAGUGGCAUCAGUGGGCCAUGUCGUACCUCCACACACUUUUUUAGUGGAUUCACACAAGUUCAAAUAUAUUGUUGAUCUACAAAAUGAUGGAGGAGACAGCAGGAGCGGUCCAGCAGAGGCCAUGAGAAAGAUCCUAGACAUGUACUCACAAAAGUUCACAGCUCACUGGGAAGGAGUCAUAGGAAGAGAGAAGGCCUGCAGCCCUGAAGAUUUGGAGCAUCUGCUGACAAACUGCAGUUCUUUUGUCUUCUGCGGUGGAGAAGGCUUUCUCACUCAUAUCUCUCCUGACAGACUGGCCAACCUCGAUCUGAAUGAAUGCCUGCUGGCUGUCCUCCUUGGCCUGUCUCAUAACGACUCUAACAUGUGGCAUCAAUCUCAACAGGAUGUUCAGAAGAGUAAGGCCCACCUGGCUCUGGAAAAUCCUUUAGAGUGUGUUUAUCUGCUCACCUUAAGUGGAGUUCACUCUGUAAUGCUCAACCAGUGGGCCAGCAGCAGCAGGACUAAUACACACCAUUUGGAAGCCCUCAUGGAAAAUCUUUUCAAAACAGGACUAACAUCUGGUCAAGCUGUCCAUACUUUGCGUGAGAGAGCAUCUCUUGCCCAGAGAGAGCCUGAAUAUGCUCUGAAUCAGGAUGCUGUACGAGACUGGAGUUCUUCUGCUUUCAACUUCAUUAUCUAUGGAUUACCUAAUUUAAUUGUCACCUGAACACAUGGGACAUUCUCAUUUUAGGAAACAAUAGCGACAAUACACAAUGAUAAAAUGAAUUCAAUAAUGUUACUGUUCCAGGCACAAAUAUCGACAUCAAAUCAAAUACAUGCUAAAAUAUCCUCCGUUGUUUAGCUUUUUCUACAAACCUGAUUCCAAAAAAGUUGAGACACCGUACAAAUUGUGAAUAGAAACAGAAUUCAAUGAUGCAAAGUUUCACAUUUCAAUAUUUUAAUUCAGAAUACAACAUGACAUCGAAUACAUAUCAAAUGUUUAAACUGAGAAAAUGUAUCAUUUUAAGGUGAAAAUAAGUUUAUUUUAAAUCUCAUGGCAUCAACACAUCUCAAAAAAGUUUGGACAGGGCCAUGUUUACCACUGUGUGGCAUCCCCUCUUCUUGUCCCAUUCUUGUCUAACACAGGCUUCUAUUUGCUCAACUGUCUCAGGUCUUCUUUGUUGCAUCUUCCUUUUUAUGAUGCGCCAAAUGUUUUCAGAGGGUGAAAGAUCUGGACUGCAGACUGCCCAUUUCAGUACCCAGAUCCUUCUACGCAGCCAUGAUGUUGUAAUUGAUGCAGUAUGUGGUAUGGCAUUGUCAUGUUGGAAAAUGCAAGGUCUUCCCUGAAAGGGAUGACGUCUGGAUGGGAGCAUAUGUUGUUCUAGAACUUGGAUAUACCGUUCAGCAUUGAUGGUGCCUUUCCAGAUGUGUAAGCUGCCCAUACCACACGCACUCAUGCAACCCCAUACCAUCAGAGAUGCAGGCUUCUGAACUGAGCACUGAUAACAACUUGGGUUGUCCUUGUCCUCUUUAGUCUCGAUGACAUGGCGUCCCAGUUUGCCAAAAAGAACUUCAAAUUCUGAGCCUAUGAUUAAAUAUAUGAGCCUUGGCCCAGAGAAAACGCCUGCGCUUCUGGAUCAUGUUUAGAUAUGGCUUCAUUUUUGACCUAUAGUAUAAAGUUUUAGCCGGCAACAGCGAAUGACACGGUGGAUUGUGUUUUCUGGAAGUAUUCCUGAGCCCAUGUUGUGUUUUCCAUUACAGUAGCUUUCCUGUAUGUUGAUGCAGUGCCAUCUAAGGGCCUGAAGAUCACGGGCAUCCAGUAUGGUUUUCCGGCCUUGACCCUUACGCACAGAGAUUGUUCCAGAUUUUCUGAAUGUUUGGAUGAUAUUAUGCACUGUAGAUGAUGAUAUCUUCAAACUCUUUGCAAUUUUUCUCUGAGAAACUCCUUUCUGAUAUUGCUCCAUUAUUUUUGCCGCAGCAUUGGGGGAAUUGGUGAUCCUCUGCCCAUCUUGACUUCUGAGAGACACUGCCACUCUGAGAGGCUCUUUUUAUACCCAGUCAUGUUGCCAAUUGACCUAAUAAGUUGCAAAUUGGUCAUCCAGCUGUUCCUUAUAUGUACAUUUACUUUUCCGGCCUCUUAUUGCUACCUGUCCCAACUUUUUGGAAUGUGUAGCUCUCAUGAAAUCCAAAAUGAGCCAAUAUUUGGCAUGACGUUUCAAAAUGUUUCACUUUCAACAUUUGAUAUGUUAUCUAUAUUCUAUUGUGAAUAAAAUAUAAGUUUAAGAUUUGUAAAUUAUUGCAUUCCUUUUGUAUUCACAAUUUAUACAGUGUCCCAACUUUUUUGGAAUCGGGUUUGUAGUAUAAUUUGUA